AUGGGGUAUACCAUGUUUUGCUGUGAUGGAGCAUCUUUUGGUAAUCCUGGAGCAGCAGGUUUUGGAGUGGUGAUGAGAAAUCACUUAUGUCAGGUGAUUGGAAUAUUAUCAGGAGGAAUAUGCAUUACAACUAAUUUUGUUGCAGAAAAUUAUGCAGUCUUAUGUGCAGCAGAGCUGGCAGGUGAAUGGGAGCUUCAAAACAUAAUCAUAAGUUCAGAUUUUAAAACAGUUAUUGAAGGAUUUCUGAAGGGGCAGGUUCCAUGGUUUAUAAGGAUGAGAUGGCAGAAAGCAGUUAAAAAGAUAUCCUCCAUAGUUUUUCAACACGGCUUCAGAGAAGUCAAUUUCUCUGCUGAUGCAGCUGCAAAAAAAGGAGCUUGCUUGGCAGCAGGUAAAAGGCAGUUAACCAUUGGAAGACCAAAUUUCUUAAUCAGACUGGAGAUGCCAGGAGUGGAAUACUUCAGGUUCUGUUUAGAUAAUGGGCCUUUGUAA